AUGGCGACGCUGCAGAAAUUCAAGCUCCUCGCGAUGCAAUGCGGAGUCGUUCAGAGCCCCACACGAAGCCCUAGGACUAGCCCGCUAGUUCAGCUGCAACGCCGGAAAUCCAGCCUGCGGAUGCUGCUCUGCAGGAGCACCAGUAGCCGAUCACCUCGCCGGCGAGAGACGAUCCUUCAGCUGAAGCAUAUGUUGGAUGCAUCCGAGGAGGAGGAGGGAAAAGGGAAGGAUUUGAUGAGGAGGAACUCACUGAAAGACUUGUUCGGGUCGUCGCUUCCAAGCGAAGAAGAAGGCGAGAGAGUAAUCAGCGUGAGCGAAAAGCUUCCAUCUAGAGGGUUCCGUUCCGUUGUCGGUUCGGUUGACGGACUUGGGUCACCGAAACCGGUUUGGACGGGUUUCCGUUACCGGUCGUUAUUGAGGAAAUCUUGGCGCCCUGCACUUGUCACAAUUCCAGAGUAA